AUGUCAGGAAAACACGCCUCCCGCCCUGACCCCUCUUGGGAGAUAAUCGGUAGAAAGGGUCAGUGGCAGGUCCUUCCUAUCCAGCCCUACAGUGAUGCGGACCAACGGAUCUGGCCUCCCAAACCCUACAGGCCUAGUUCUGAAGAACGGCACUUGAUCACUCUGGCAAAAGCAUGGUCAGAGAAGAUGGGCAUCCAGCGAGCGGGUCUGAACUACUAUCUCGACCACCUCCCUCGUGGCUAUGCCGUGUUCGAAAUAGAUCAGCAUGGAAAGACAGGCGUGACCUAUAAGCGACUCUUUGGCCAUCAGUCUGGCAAGUACUACGAUUCCAUUCUUCGAUUUCAACCACAUUUCCUUUGGUUGAUGUCGGGAAUGCAGGGUAUUUGUGAAUGCAUACUCUGUGGCUCUUACAAAGCGGAACCGAUCAAACGUCGAUUUCGCAUUCACUCAGAAAACCAGCUCCUCGUCCCAAGGGAAAACCAGCUUGAAAGCGAAUCCUCGUCAAGGUCAACUUCCAUUGCUGGUCGUGCGACUGGGUCUUUUUCAAAUCGUCCGCAGCGCCAUAUCAAAGCCGCAGGAGCUCCGUACGCUCAGGACGCGGAAGGGACGGAAGACGUGUUUAAAGACCAAUUGAGGAGACUAGAGGCCAGCAAAGGAGGCACAACCGGAAUCGAGGACGACGUUAGAGAACCCCACUCCAUCGACUGGAGAGCUGAGCACUCCUGGACGACUCAAAAUGUUCAAGACUGGGCUGGGAUAGAUCAUGUUCAGCGGAGUUUGACUUUGAUCGAGCAUCAACACGCCUUUGUGCCCCGAGUCGGAGAACUUGUGUUAUUUUGUCCAAUCUUCCUUCAUGAGCACUACCUCAUGCUCGAUGAAAAGACUCAGGAGUACAAGUUCUAUUCCUUUACACAGAAAUGUUUUCACGGCUUACCUACCUGGAGAGGUGGAGUUAUCACGGCUGUGCCGUCUGCUGUUGCAACCGAUGGACCCAUCGAUUUUCCGGAUAUCCAAGACCUUCCCUCUAAGCAGAACAAUCUUAACACCGGAGGCUUCCGAGUGGAAACAUUUCCGGAUCCUAAUGAUGAGGAGGAUAAAACAAUGUCCAAACAAUACCGCUAUCUCCCCUUACGGAAUAUCCGACCCUUGAGUCACUGGCAGAUGUUGCUCCGAGGAACUCCGAGGAAUCAAUGGCACCCAUCAAUCGAACAUGCUCUGACUUGUAUGACUAGUAUCUCACUUCUGGAGAAAUGGUACUUUAAGGGAGAUUGGCCUUACGCCACCAUUCGCUGCAAGGGUAUUUACAUAGGGCCUGAGCUAAUCACGGUCGGAGAUGCCGUCAGAAUCGCCCCACGUGAGAAGGGGAAAGGAUGCACUGAUGUGCUGGUUGUUGAAUCAGUCAGACUUCAUCUUGACGACAUCAAGCCGGAGCACGUCGCCCCAGAUUCACCGUUGCUAUCGACGAGAUCCUACAUAACCCUGGUGGGCAGAGGCUACACCAUUGACCAAAGCCGUCAUUAUCAGCUCAAACCUGAGGAUGCCAACUCCCAACCCGGUGGUGCUGAAGCGGUGUCUCAAGACGAGGUUAAGACAGUCUUCCGCCCAGUAGGUUCAGCGCUCUACGGUCCAUGGUACCGCUUGCACGAAGCUCAUCAGCGAUAUGAGAUUUCGCACGACCAAAUCCUUGGAAGACUGUGCGAAGGUGCAGCUGUGCAGCUCUGGACGGGGUUGCUGCAACACAAGUCUGCCAAGAGUAAGGCAAGUGGCAUCAAACCAUCCCUGGAUUACGACUUGAAAGGGAUUGAAGAUGGUCGUGUCUACGCUACGCAGGCAGAUGGACGAUUGGGAGAGGCCGAUAUGGGCUCUGUUCUCUGGUACUGGGCGGAUACUCGCGCUGAAGCAUUGGAUCUACAAACGAUAAACGGACUUGAGGUCGGCAAAUACGACACAACACGGGACAAGGAUACACUGGAACAUUGGAGGACGCAACUGAAAAUUCUCAAUGGCCAACAACUCUCGCUUGACCCAAUUGCCUCCAAAUACACCUCUAACUUCCCCGAUUUCGAAGUAAACGAGUCCAAGCGGGGAAGGCCGACAGGUUCAAAAGUCAUCAACGGCAAAUUGUAUAGGCCUGGCGAUCCUGGAUACGAGGAUGCCAUUGCCGGAGCGAUUCUAGAGCCGCAGACAAUGCCAAUUAAGCGUAAAGGCAGCCAAUUGGCAGGGGCAGCCCUUGUGUCCACAGACGAGGAAGACGAAGAAAGAGAGGCCUCUGGGACUGAAGUGGAAUAUUGGUACGAUGCAGCAGACGCCCCGGCAGUGGUCCAGACGAUUGAAGAAGUUGAACGCCCUGUGCUGAAGCAAAAGAAGCAGAAGACAAAGGCACAGAUCAUGGCCAGAGCGGUUGAGGACGAGGAGAUCUCAGAUGAUGAAGAUUGGUACAGACAUAUUCCGCUGGCUCGAGGUGGAACUGAAGAGACAGAAGGUGGUGAUUACGAUCCCCGAGCCGAUGCGGAUUAG